UUCCCAGUAGAUGUGAAGCCCAGACGGACUGGGCGUCAGAUGGACCAUGGCUCCCAGGAGGAUGGAAACUAAACCGGUGAUCUUCUGCCUCAAGACGCUGCUGCUGCUCUACUCCUUCGUCUUCUGGGUGACAGGUGUGGUGCUGGUGUCGGUGGGGUUGUGGUGGAAGUUCAUGCUGGGCCCCUACACCUUGCUGAUCUCCAGGGGACCUUCCAACGCCCCCUACGUCCUGACGGGUACCGGGGUCGCCAUCGUGCUGUUCGGACUGUUCGGCUGCUUCGCCACCUGCAGGGGGCGCCCCUGGAUGCUAAAACUGUUCGCCGUCUUUCUUUCUCUGGUCUUCAUGACUGAACUCAUUGCUGGAAUCUCUGGAUUCGUGUUCCGUCACGAGAUUAGAGACACGUUCUUCACCACGUUCAGCGAGGCCGUGACGAGCUACGACGGACGGGACGACCGCAGUCUGGCCGUGGACGGGGUCCAACGCAGACUCCACUGCUGUGGCGUCUAUAACUACUCCAGCUGGCUCAGCUCCCAUUACUUCCCCGUGGGGGGGGUUCCCUCCAGCUGCUGCGUCAGUUUGUCCGACUGCAGCGGCGCCGACCUGAGGAACGCGACGAUGGCAGCUAGGAAGGUCCACAGACAGGGCUGCUAUGAGCUGGUGAUGUCCUUCAUUGACAGCAACAUGGGGGUCAUCGCUGGGGUCACCUUCGGCGUGGCCUUCUCUCAGCUCAUAGGGACGUCUCUGGCCUGCUGUCUGUCCCGCUUCAUCAGCGCCAACCAGUACCAGAUGGUCUGACAGAACCAGGGACGCCCACCUGACGUCGGCCCCGGACCAGGACCAGGGGCCGACGUCUCCAUGGAAACCUGAGGAGACGCUCCACCAAUGUUUAUGUUUUAUUUAUUUAAAACCAACAAUAAACUGAGAAGAAUUGAA